AUGGCGAGCUUUGGCCGGAUGGUAGCCUGGGACCGCAGCCAGUCCACAGGUACCUCGUGGUCAGUGUGCCCGAGAUCCCAGCUGAACUCUGUGCCCGACUCCCGUUCCCCAAGCUACAGGAACUAUUGCUAUUCUGAUGCCAGAAAAUUAGCAUUUCCCCAAAGCAGCUUUCAACCCACUGACAGACUAUCCUUUGACAUGGCCUUUCUGAGCAAUGGGAAGAGCAUGAUGUUGCGGGGUCCAGAUGAAGAAGCUGUUGUCGAUCUUGGCAAAACAAGCUCAACUGUCAACACCAAGUUUGAAAAAGAAGAACUAGAAAGUCAUCGAGCCGUAUAUGUCGGUGUGCAUGUCCCAUUUAGUAAAGAGAGUCGUCGACGGCAUCGACAUCGUGGACACAAACAUCAUCACCGGAAAAGAAAAGAUAAAGACUCAGAUAAAGAAGAUGGACGGGAAUCUCCUUCUUAUGACACACCAUCCCAGAGAGUCCAGUUUAUCCUUGGUACUGAAGAUGAUGAUGAAGAACAUAUUCCACAUGAUCUCUUCACGGAAAUGGAUGAACUGUGCUACAGAGAUGGGGAAGAGUAUGAGUGGAAAGAAACUGCCAGAUGGCUGAAAUUUGAAGAGGAUGUUGAAGAUGGUGGUGACCGGUGGAGUAAACCUUAUGUGGCAACUCUCUCUUUGCACAGUCUUUUUGAACUAAGAAGUUGCAUCCUAAAUGGAACAGUAAUGCUGGAUAUGAGAGCAAGCACUCUAGAUGAAAUAGCAGAUAUGGUGCUAGACAACAUGAUAGCUUCUGGCCAACUGGAUGAGUCCAUAAGAGACAACGUCAGAGAAGCUCUUCUGAAGAGACAUCAUCAUCAGAAUGAGAAAAGAUUCACCAGUCGGAUUCCCCUGGUUCGAUCUUUUGCAGAUAUAGGCAAGAAACAUUCUGACCCUCACUUGCUUGAAAGGAAUGGUAUUUUAGCCUCUCCACAGUCAGCACCUGGAAACUUGGAUAACAGUAAAGGUGGAGAAGUUAAAGGUAAUGGAAGUGGAGGAAGCAGAGAAAACAGUACUGUUGACUUCAGCAAGGUUGACAUGAAUUUCAUGAGAAAAAUUCCUUCGGGAGCUGAGGCCUCCAAUGUUCUGGUGGGAGAAGUAGACUUCUUGGAAAGACCUAUCAUUGCGUUUGUGAGGCUGGCCCCUGCUGUGCUGCUCUCAGGGCUGACUGAGGUCCCUGUCCCGACAAGGUUUUUGUUUCUACUGUUGGGUCCAGCAGGCAAGGCACCACAGUACCAUGAAAUUGGAAGAUCAAUAGCUACUCUCAUGACUGAUGAGAUUUUUCAUGAUGUAGCUUAUAAAGCAAAGGACAGAAAUGACCUCUUAUCUGGAAUUGAUGAAUUUUUAGAUCAAGUAACUGUCCUACCUCCAGGAGAGUGGGAUCCUUCUAUACGUAUAGAGCCACCAAAAAGUGUUCCUUCUCAGGAGAAGAGAAAGAUUCCUGUAUUUCCCAAUGGAUCUGCCCCCAGCUCGGGCGAGAUUACUAAAGAUGCUGCUCAUCAUGCUGGGCCUGAGUUACAAAGGACUGGACGGCUUUUUGGUGGUUUGAUACUUGACAUCAAAAGGAAAGCACCUUUUUUCUUGAGUGACUUCAAGGAUGCAUUAAGUCUGCAGUGCCUGGCCUCGAUUCUUUUCCUAUACUGUGCCUGUAUGUCUCCUGUAAUCACUUUUGGAGGGCUGCUUGGAGAAGCUACAGAAGGCAGAAUAAGUGCAAUAGAGUCUCUUUUUGGAGCAUCAAUAACUGGGAUUGCCUAUUCAUUGUUUGCUGGGCAACCUCUAACAAUAUUGGGGAGCACAGGUCCAGUUUUAGUGUUUGAAAAAAUUUUAUUUAAAUUCUGCAGAGAUUAUCACCUUUCCUAUCUGUCUUUAAGAACCAGUAUUGGUCUGUGGACUUCUUUCUUGUGCAUUGUUUUGGUUGCAACAGAUGCAAGCAGCCUUGUGUGUUAUAUUACUCGAUUUACAGAAGAAGCAUUUGCAGCUCUCAUUUGCAUAAUAUUUAUCUAUGAGGCUUUGGAGAAGCUCUUUCACUUAGGAGAAAUAUACACAUUUAACAUGCACAACAAUUUAGAUGAACUGACCAACUAUUCGUGUGUAUGUGCUGAACCUCUAAACCCUAACAAUGCAACUCUGAUGCUGUGGGAGGAAAAGAAUGUAACAGCAAGUGAUAUUUUAUGGGGGAAUCUCACUGUUUCGGAAUGUAAAGCCUUUCAUGGGUCAUUUGUAGGAUCAGCUUGUGGCCCUCAUGGACCUUAUAUCCCAGAUGUGCUGUUUUGGUGUGUCAUUUUAUUUUUCACAACAUUUUUUCUGUCUUCAUUCCUCAAGCAAUUUAAGACCAAGCGCUAUUUUCCAACCAAGGUGCGAUCGACAAUCAGUGACUUUGCUAUAUUUCUCACAAUAGUAAUAAUGGUUGCAAUUGACUACCUUGUAGGAGUUCCAUCUCCUAAACUUCACGUUCCUGAGAAAUUCCAGCCUACGGAUCCAAAUAGGGGCUGGAUCAUAAGCCCACUGGGAGAAAAUCCUUGGUGGACUUUGUUGAUCGCUGCUAUUCCGGCUUUACUUUGUACCAUUCUUAUCUUUAUGGAUCAACAAAUUACAGCUGUAAUCAUAAACAGGAAGGAGCACAAAUUGAAGAAAGGAGCUGGCUAUCACCUUGAUUUGCUCAUGGUUGGUGUGAUGUUGGGAGUUUGCUCUGUCAUGGGACUUCCAUGGUUUGUAGCUGCAACAGUGUUGUCAAUAAGUCAUGUCAACAGCUUGAAGGUUGAAUCGGAAUGUUCUGCUCCAGGGGAACAACCCAAAUUUUUGGGAAUUCGUGAACAACGGGUUACAGGGCUACUGAUUUUUGUUCUGAUGGGCCUGUCUGUAUUCAUGACUUCAGUACUAAAGUUUAUUCCAAUGCCUGUUCUGUAUGGUGUUUUCCUUUACAUGGGAGUUUCCUCAUUAAAAGGAAUUCAGCUUUUUGAUCGGAUAAAAUUAUUCGGAAUGCCUGCUAAGCACCAGCCUGACUUGAUAUACCUGCGUUAUGUGCCUCUCUGGAAAGUUCACAUUUUUACAGUCAUUCAGCUCACUUGUCUGGUUCUUCUGUGGGUGAUAAAAGCAUCAGCUGCUGCAGUAGUUUUUCCCAUGAUGGUUCUUGCAUUAGUCUUUAUUCGCAAACUCAUGGACCUAUGCUUCACAAAGAGAGAAUUGAGUUGGCUUGAUGAUCUCAUGCCAGAAAGUAAGAAAAAGAAAGAAGAUGACAAAAAGAAAAAAGAGGAAGAGGAAGCUGAACGAAUGCUUCAAGGUGAUGGUGACACUGUGCACCUUCCAUUUGAAAGAGGAAGUCUCCUGCAAAUUCCAGUUAAGGCCCUGAAAUACAGUGUUGACCCCUCAGUUGUUAACAUAUCAGAUGAAAUGGCCAAAACUGCACAGUGGAAGGCACUUUCCAUGAACACUGAGAAUGCCAAAGUAACCAGACCUAACACGAGCCCUGAAGCACCUGUGAGUGUGAAAAUAGAUGUUGAAGAUGAACCAACAAAGAAAUACAUGGAUGCUGAAACUUCGUUAUAGAAUUGAACCAAGAAGAAUUUUAUAUAUAUACAGAUACACAGAUAUAUAUAUACAUACAUGUAUUCACCUUAUAUAUAUAUAUGAUGUGUGUGUGUUUCAUGUCACUAUAUACAAUGAUACUGAAUGUCAUGCUGUUUAUGCAUGACUACUGGGAUUUUUGAAGUAGUGUCUCAAGUUUGUUAAGAGCACCUUGGAGACUGUGUAUAUAAUGAAGUGGUCUCUUAGAAGUGAGGUACAUGGCUCUUACUAUCCAAAUAUUUAUUCUGUUGAAAAUUUUUUCCCUACAUCAUUUCCUACAAUGAUGUAGCGAAAGGCAUUCAGUCUAUUUUUCUUAAAAAUUGUUUCUCAUUGGCAAUUCUUACCAACCUUAAGUGAUAUGUAUUAAUAAUUUGUACUUGACUUACUAAAUUUUUUCACUUAUUACUUCAUUUCUAUUAGUGCUUUUGGGCAGAAAAGGAAGUCUCUGCCAUUGCUCGGGAGAAAUGGUGACAUGCCCAAGCUUCUCUGUGCGCUUCACUUAUGUGGCUGUCCGUCACAGGUGUGGGGUUUUUUUCAUCUAUAGAAGUCGAACAAUGGAAACUUUCUGGAGAAGAACAAUAGUGUUGACCUUUGUUUUUUAAUUGAAAAAUAAAUCGUAGACCCUCUGCAUUUAGGGUUCCAUUCAUAUAGGCAAGUAAAAUUGCAGGUGAUUUUAUAAUUAGCCCCCAUACUAGCUAUAAUGUUUUGAAUUUUAGAAGCUAUAAAAUGCCAAUUUAUAAUAAAUUUUGUUGCCUUUGUAGAAUUUUUUCUGAUCCUAGUACUUUAUUAGAACCCAGAAUGCCCACUCUGUUCUUUGCCUUAGCUGUCUUUCACUUAAAAUGUGGUUUAGUAUAUAUCAGGUUCAAGUUCUUGAGUGUUUUUCUAAGUAGUAUGAUUAAAUAAUCAGGAGUCAGAAUUCUCUUAAAAGGGUUGAUGAUCAGUAUUACUUUACCCUAAUAAGAAUUACCUUUCAUUUUCUGUUUACGUUGUUUUCUUUCUAUUGAUUGUAUAGGUAGUAUUUAAUAGAUUGUUAUUGGUGAUUUCAAUUUAAAAUAUUUUAUUUAUUUUAAUUGAUAUGCUUAAUUAUUAUAUAAACAUUUGAAAAGGUAACAAAUACAAAGUAAAUUGUUAAUGUAAAUAAUUGGUGCUCACUUGCAUUUAUGUUUUUUUAUCUGAAUGCAGUUGACAGAUUUUACAUCUUUGAUAUAAAGCACUGCCAUAUUUGUACUUUAAAAAAGAAAUUUAGGCAUUUUAUGUAUAGCUCAGAUUGAUGGCAUUCUUCCUAUUUUGUGUUAGCAUUUGUUGUUUAGUGUUUUGAGUUUUGAGCUUUUUAACUUGUAGCAAGUUUUUUUUAGUCAUCUUUUAUAUACUCUUAGCUCUACAUGAAAUAAAUAAAUGUUGUUCUUGUUAAGCCUGUAGGACUGGAUGAAUGGAGUUGUGAAACUGAUCUGGCAUGAGGAUAGUUUAUAACAACCAAAUAAGUAUUGAGAAGCCACAGAAAUAUCAAAAAUGGUGAUGUGAAUAUUAGGAUGAAAAUUUUUAUGAGAUUUCAGUGCUCUCUUUAAUCACUUGUAAUUGAAGUACAUAAAUAUUAAGAAUUGAUCUUCUAGAGGAUCAUGAGGAAUGCCAAAAGCUGGUAUUUUAGUAAUUUUAAAGUGUUUUGAUGCAUACUAACUACUUAAAUAACUAAUGUAAUUCCCCCUUCUGAGACCAUAUUGUCACAUUCUGGUUACAAUAAUGGAUCCAGCCUCUGCCUUCAAUGAGAGGUUGGAAAUGUAGCUACUUUUCUUUACAAAAUAUAGCUGGCAUAAUUUGGUACUGCCUGAAAGAAUUUUUGACUCUCUCAGCAACUGAGAUAGAAUAUUAGCCGCUACCUGCGGUGCUUGUACUGUGUGUGAGCUUCCAUUGACGUGAUUCUUUUUCACUCACAGCAGCAGCAGCAGCAUUUCCAAAGACCCCAGUAUUUGCUGCUAUUUUUAAAGCUCCCCUGGUGGCCUGAACAGGAGGUUUCCUCACAUAAUUUCCUCGUGUUUGGACAUCAUAGGGCUAACAAAUGUACUUAUUUACAGCAAGGGAUUUUAAAAUUUAAACUGAAAACUACCUGGGAUCAUAGUGUUUCUGUGAUAUUAUUUAACUGUGUAUAAUAAUUGUCUGGUGCCAGAAAAACCAUAACUUACAAAAUUAGUUUGCACUCAAAAAAUGUUUUUACUGUUUCUGAUUGUUAAAUGGUUUCUGUUUUCUUUUGACUACUUGACUUACAAAAUUAUCUGAUAUGACUACUCCAUUGAAAAGCAAAAAUAACUCCUGUUUGAGUAAUUCACUGCUUAUUUUAUGUGGUAAUGAUAUUUUGCCACUCUGAAAAAUAGCAAUCAUGGAUAACAUUCAAUUGUAAGACAGUGAAAAAUACAACUUACUACAUAUAUUGACUUUUAAAUGUUGCCUUAACAUAGGUGUAAAUGAGCAGUAGUAAUUGCUGUGUACUGAUAUUUACCUCAAGGUGCAAAAUAGUUGAAACUGUACAUACUCCAUUUGCAAAAUAAAUUCAUAUAAUCAGCCCUGCACUUUCUUAGAUGCCUUGGUUUCCAGAAUGGAGCUUAGUGCUACUGAAUACCCUGGCCACAGAGCCGCCUCAGGAUAUCUUCUCUCCACCUAUUUUAUUUAUUUAUAGAUGCUGUUUACAAAGACUAUAAUGGAUCCUGAUGUUGACCAUCUGAAAUUUACUUUCUUUUGAUUGCUGUUUCACUCUAAAAUAGCAGCUUUUGAGAAAACAAUGAACUAAACUUCCUUAUGAUAAAAGUAUGAUUCUGUAUAUUCUAUAAUCAUAUUAGACAUGCUGAAAUGAAACACAGUCUUUUACUGCAUGUGUGUGAGUUUGUGUGAAUGAUGUUAUUAUCAAUCUUAAAUCUCCUAAGUUUAAAAACUGUGGCACACAAUGUUCAUAUUUGCCAAGUUUUCAGUAGAAUUUUUUAUGUGUUAAUAUAUGUAUUUAUAAAGCAGAUUUCUUUACCACUCAAAGUUAUUAACCUUGGUUUUUGACAUAAAAAAAAUUUCUGUUUGUCUACAUACUUAAAAAUUUAUGGAUGUAUAUAAUGACUUUCUAAUUUUUUCCUUUCAUUGAGACAGGUUCAAAAUUCUGUAAAAAACAAAGUUUCUGAAACUGAGGUCUGACACCAGAACUGCUGUUUUAAAAGUUAACAUCAUGUAUGUCAGUUUUGUAAAUGUACUCAACAGUCUUACCAUGUGAAUUCAAUUUUAAUGUGCUCAGAUUUCAGAUGUGUAAGCCAUUAAUAUAGCACUGUAAUUAAAAAAUGUUUAAAUUAAAUAACUUAAUGUUUUAAAUAUAUUUAUGUAGAUCAUAUCAUUGUUAAUUAUAUUCAGUACAAAUAUGUGAAAUGUUUUUUGGUUUAGACCAAUUAUUUUUUAAAACAAAAAUUUUAAGACUUCAAGGACAUUCAAAGUUUAUAAUAAUAGUGUUCAAAAUCUGGCAAUUUUAAUAUAAAUUGGGUCUCUUCUAGCUUUUCAAAAAGUAAUAUAAGCAAUGAUAGGAGAACAUAGCUUGGAAAUAGAAGCAUCUAAAGAUCAUUUAAAAAAUUUUAAUUUAAUUACCACAUAUUGACUUUCGCAGUUUUUUCAGUCAGAUUUUUUUUUGUGUGCAUUAAUUGUUUUUGUGUGUGUGUGUUGUGGCUUUUCGUUUAUUGCUUUAUGUUAAUUUUUUUCUUUUGUAGGGGAGGGUUAUCUUCCAGUGUUUACUACAUUUCAAUAAAUAGAAAUUGAUUUUCAUUGUUCAUUUAUAUAAUAUUUGAUAGCUUGUUAUAAUUUCAGAGCACAUUCUAAUUUUUAUGACUUUUAUAAUUAUAAUGACAAUAUGUUCUUUUGUAAUAAAAUCCAAAGUAAAUUAAGCUUUUAAAAUGUAGAACUGAUAUUUUUCAUUUAUAUGAAGUACUGGUCUUGGUCCAAGUCUAUAAUGUGAAUGAUCCUGCCUUUCAAAUUUGUUUCAUAAUUGUUAGAAGAAAACUAUUUUUUGGAGAUGUUAUUGAAGUUGAACAAGCAAUAAAAGUCUACUUA